GGGGGCGUCAUGAAUGAAAAUUGAAGACAGAAAGUAAUGUUUGGUGGACUAAAAGCCGUAUUGAUAACUAUUAAGUUACUCAGAAUCAAUUAACAUGUUGAAAUCAGUUUCAGUUGUUGAGAUGCUUUUUAUGGGAUAAGGAUUGGAAUAAUACGUAUGCCUUCGUUACUUGUUCAUUUUACGGAAGGUGUGUACACAUAAAUUUGAAAUAUAUGUACCAGAUUGUCAGUUCCUAUGGCAGCAAGGUACCUACUUCUUUAAUUAAAAAUGCUUGUAAGAAAAAUUGAAAAUUUUAAAGAAUAUGCCUAAUUAAAACUUGUGACUAAAAUAAUAAGUAAAAAGCAAAGGGUAUAUAUGAUAAUAUUUUAAUGAAUAUUAAACCAUCCCUUGCCAUUGGAAGUGCUGGAACCAGUUAUCGCAAAAUCUCCACUUCAAAACUACACGCACUUAAAAAAUAUUCAGAGGAGAAGCAACUGACAUCAAACCACAACCUUGUCACUUAUGUGCUACUUAACGAAUAAUGUGUCCUAUAAAACGUCUUAGCCUUUUGAAAAUUUUGGGAAAAUAAUUAAUUUAUCCAAUUCUUCAGUUUCUAAGUAUAUUGUGUGUGUAUUGAUUCUGCUAAAAUGCAUUCUGAAGAAAAUCAAGCAAGGGAACUACCGCAACCUGGGUUAAAGCAGGUGAAAGUGGAUAACUGGGGAACCUUUUUCCUGCAGAGACUUCAGCAAUUAUAUUUUGAAGAGCAGCUACUUGAUCUUACAAUUAAAUUCCCCACUAGCGAUAUCACAGUACAGGCUCAUCGGCUGGUCAUCACCACAUGUACGGACUACUUCGUACAAUUGGAACACCAACAAAGGGAAAGUAAUCAGAUGUUCGAUGGAAUCCUUGUAAUGCCGCACGAUAUGCCGUAUGAAUGCGUAAAAUCUAUAAUAAGUUUUAUGUACACUGGGCAAUUAGAAUAUUGGACCUCUGAACAAAGUGCUUUAUAUCGAACAGCGCAGAAAAUGAAAAUGACUGUUUUGACGAAAUUACUAGAUGCGCAGUCUAGCACGGGUAAUUUGCAAGCAAAUUUACAAUCGAACACCAAUAUUAAUCCUGUUAUUGGAGUUUGUAGAGAAAAUGCCCGACCUAAGAAAGUCGCAUCUUCAGACUAUCAUACUUCCAUGCUGCCGAUUCAAAUUUUACCAGGAAGAAAGCUUCCUAUUUGGAAAAGAAAAUUGGAUACUUCUACAGAUGUAUUAACGAAUUAUGACUUAGGUUCAUUACGAAGUCCAUCCAAGAGCCACAAAACAGUAGAAACUACGUCCGGUCCAUCCAGAUUCGACCUACCAGAAGUCGAAGAUUUUGCUCUUGGAGUGUUUUCCUCAUUUGAAGAUAUAACCUACGAUACUAAGCCUAUUGUUCAAGCUCCUGAAAAUGUCAACAAUGGAAAUAUAAAUCCGAGCGUUAAUUCUGCAGACCAUCAACAUAACAGAAAAUGUGUAGAGGACGAAACAGAAGUGCAACGUAAGCGACGAAAUUCAAAUGAUGAAUAUUCCGAUGACGACUGGACGGGUAUAAAGUCUAUCUUAAAACAUCAAGAAGUAGAAUGUUCACCAUUAAAGAAAGUUAGAUUUGAUUUUGAAGAGAAAGAAAACAUUGAUAAAUCACAAAGUAUAUCAACUGCAAGUAAUUCCACAGAAUCAAUGAAUAAUCAUGCUAAAAUUAUAAAAGAGGUAUUAAAAAAAUAUCCGCACUUAGUAAAAAACAAUAAAAAUAUACGUUUGAAAAUAAUGCAGAAGGAAGUAAAAUCUUCCAAGCCUAGUGUAUCAGCAAAAACAAAAGUUUCCUAUGUUGUCUUAAAGUCGGACCACCUUAUGAACGAUAAAAAUUCAGAUGAUAGCAUGUCAAAAUCAUUGAAUGUUGAUGGAUGUGAAACAGGACCUUGGAAAUGUAGUAAAUGUGAUCUUGAAGAAGAAUACACGAAUUAUUAUAUGUAUAGGAGGCAUAUGCAAGAUGUGCACGAACAAAAGUUUGACCCGAGAGUUUGUGAGCAUUGCGGUUACAAAGCAACAAAACGCAAUAUUUUAAUGUAUCACCUUUACACGAAACAUAACGUACCCCCGCCGAAAAAUAUGUUUUUUCCUAAAUGUCACGCUUGUUCUUAUGUUGCACUUUCUGAAACGUUAUUAGUAAGACAUCAAAUGAAUCAUAAUCAUCGUCCUGCAAGUCGCUCCCAAAUUCCUUCUUUAGAAGGGACUCAGUGUAUGCAAUGUGCCCAGGAAUUUAAGGAUGUGGCUGAACUAGCAAGUCACGAAAUAAGUACCUGUCAUGGUACAUCUAAUGAGAAUAAGGACAAAACUCAUCGUUGUCCGCAUUGUGGAAAAACGUUUGUUCGAGUAACAAAUCUACAUGUUCACCUUGAUUGUGUACAUAAGGAACUACGUAAUAUUGCAUCUGCACCACAAAUCUCUGUAGCGUUAGAACCAUCAACAGAAGCAGAAGCGCUAAGUAAUGUUGUUAGUGGUAUAGCGACAUCUUUGGGUGUUAAUGACUCUGUUCAAUCAGAAUUACAAAUUAAUACUUCUGAAGCAGAAUAUAUUGUACCCGAGAUUGACAGUAUUUCAACAACGCCUCCCUGCAAUACGCAAGAAUAUCAAGAGCAACAUAUGUUAAUGUUAAUAGAUGACGGCACUUAUCAGAAUCAGGAAAAUCGGCAGCAAGAAGAAGAACAUUUAAAUAUGUCGAGAAACGAACAAAUCAUUAUGCAAGGUGUAGAAGGAGAUAUGAUAGUCUACAUACAAGAGAAUGAUACGCAAAAUAAUAAUCGAGAUUAUGGCACAUAUCACUCUAUUCAAAUGACACAAUGUCAAGAAGAAAUUGUUGAAGAAGUUGUUGAGGAGUUGGAGGAAUUUGAGGAAGUAAUGGAAUCUGAAUCGAAUGUAUCAAAUGAGAAAGAAGAAAAUCAAUUGGAGGAAGAAAUACAGUACGUUGAGGAGGAAACGGAAAUAGUAGAAUACAACGAUGAAAUAGAUCAGGAUCAAAAUAGUGGAAAUGUGGAGUCUCAGGAAUCCAUUAUGAUUAUUGAGGAAGAACAGUUAGAUGAAGGCGGAAGUAAUGUUAUGGAAGACAAUAAUAAAGAUCAAUAUGGGACAAAAAUUAUUACAAAGGAAUGGGAUGUUGAUAAAGUAAACGUUUAAACCAUAAUAAUCAAA